AUGGUCCUUAAGGUGUUACAAGGCUCUCAUAUACCAGAGACUACCGAGGUUAUGGAGGAGGCAUUGGACAUCCUCAUUCUCGGGGCCGGCUGGACCGCCGGCUUCCUCAUCCCCCUUCUCCGUGACCGCGACAUCUCCUUUGCGGCUACAACCAGCGACGGGCGCCAUGUUGCAGGCAGUCCGACCCUGAAGUGGCGCUUUGACCCUACGGCACCGGACCCUGAACAGACCAAGGCCUUCACUCUCCUCCCGCGGGCAAGGCACGUCCUCAUCACAUUCCCGCUCAAGGGUAAACGGCAGAGCAAGCUCCUCACAGAGGCGUACGCGAGGACGCAUGGAGGGAGCGGGGACUUCCGGUUCAUCCAGCUCGGCAGCACGGGGAUAUGGCAAUCUGACGCGGGCCAGAGACCGUGGCUGGACAGACACAGCCCUUACAAGACCGACGAUCAGCGCGCGGUGGCGGAGGACGAACUGCUGGGGCUUGGGGGUUGUGUUCUCAACCUCGCUGGCCUGUGGGGCGGCGAACGGGAUAUCAAGCACUGGGUUGACCGCGUGGCUACGACCAAGGACGCCGUGAGGGACAAGACUAGUGUGCACAUGGUGCAUGGGACUGAUGUUGCGCGGGUCAUAGCUGAAGUCAUUCAGACAGAGAAUACAGCCCGGGAAGGAGGAGGCGAGGACGGCGGGUGGGACAAUGUUGGCAAAGGACAGAGAUGGAUGGUCACGGAUGGGUUUGUUUACGACUGGUGGAGUUUGUUCGCUUCAUGGUCAGACAUUGGUGAGGAUGGGUCGGAACCCAUCAAGCAGGCAAAAUGGGUCUUCGAGCUCAUGAGUGAGGACGGCGUGAGGGCGCUGCCCCGGUCGAUGGAGGCGCUGGGCCGUUGCUACGAUUCGAGGGAGUUGUGGCAGACACUUAAGAUUACGCCUCUGAAGGCAGGGCUAGGCUUGUGA